AUGCUACAACGGCAAAAUGUUUCACAAGCUGCGAACGAAAGAUGGUUUUUGUACUGGAUGAGGUCUCAGAUGAGAGUAAGCGUUAUUCAAUGUUUGCUACUAUCCUUUUUCUUAGAACCCGUGAUUUCUGUUGGUUUUGCUGAAGAACUGUAUUGCGGUCUGGAGAAUUGCUACGACGUCUUGGAAAUAAACAGAGACGAGUUCGACAAAUCUAAAUUAUCUAAAAUUUAUCGCAAUCUCGCCAGGAAAUAUCAUCCGGAUAGAGUUAAAGAUGAGAGCUCCAAACCAGGUGCGGAAGCACGUUUUCGCGUUAUUGCCACUGCUUAUGAAACUCUGAAAGACGAUCAAACCCGCUCAGAUUAUGAUUACUAUUUGGAUCAUCCGGAAGAAAGGUUCUAUAAUUAUUACCAAUAUUAUCGUCGACGCGUUGUUCCUAAAGUCGACGUUAGAUUGGUGAUAUUAGGGACUAUAUUGUCCAUUUCGUUAUUUCAGUACUUCAGUGCCAAGCAAAAGUAUUCUGAAGCUAUCGCUUACGCCAUGACUGUUGGAAAAUUUCGCAACAUGGCUAUCAACGCUGGAGUUGAAAGAGGGGUCCUUGAAAUUGAUAACAAAGGAAAAUUGAAGAAGAUAAAAGGAAAAAACAAUGAGGACAUAAUAAAAGGGAUUAUUGAAGAGAACAUGGAUGUCAGAGGAGGGUACAAGAAGGAAUCCAUUUACGACACACUUAUGUGGCAUUGUAUUGUUUUGCCGUACACGUUACUAAAUUACAUUUGUUGGUAUGCACAGUGGGUUUUCAAAUACUGGAUAAAACGCGAAGAGUACGAUAAUAUCGCGAAACUAUACCUGAUUCGGAAGUACCUUGGACUUAACGAGAAUCAAUUCAAUUGUAUGAAUGAAGAUGAGCAUGAAGAGAUGCUUGCGCGAGAGUUAUGGAUUUCUGAGAACUUCAAAAGGUGGAAAGCUGAGAAAGAUGCUGAAGAGCAAGAGAAACUCAUUCAAAGUGGAAGGUACAAACGUUACAAGCGAUAUAUGAAAAACAAUGCUGGGACGAUAUCCUUCUUAGACGAAGAUUAG